AAACAGCUGUUAAACAUGUUAAAUGUAACAGAAAGUUUAAUCGGUUCAAAAUAAUUUCCUGUUUCAGAAAUAAUGUCGUCUGACUGAAGAUUGUAACCUUUGGAGGCAAAACAUCUUCUUAUUUUUAUAUUUGAAUAAAUAUCUGUCAAUCGAGAUAAUUUCGAACAAAUUUUUCGCGGUAAUCAAACUAAGGUAUAUUCUUAAUAGUCAUGUUGAAUGUCGGAUGACAAAAAAUGUAAUACACGCAUAUUUAGGACGAAAACAUAAACAACAAGUCGAGUUAUGCAAGCAAUGCAAGUGGAAAGUGAGUAUGGCAUAUUAAGUAAGAAUGGCAUCAAAUUUUACAAACGGAACUUUUACAAGUUUGAGAGAAAUAGAAUACCAUCACUUUCUGGACAAAGGGAUACCAGCUACAAUAUUAUUGCUAUUUAUGUCAAUCGUAGGAACAAUUGGCAAUAUACACACAGUCUUAGUAUAUAAGUUAUCGCCUGUCAUGGCAAAAUAUUCCGUUCGAGUUUUUAUCAUUUGGCUUUCCCUUGUUGAUCUUACAGCAUGUUUGUUUUGUAUGCCUUUUGAGAUUUUUGAUAUCCGAUACAACUACACAUUUUCAUCUGUCGGUGCUUGUAAAUUCUUUAGAUUUCUAAAUCACAUUGUAACAGUGGCCUCCGGCUGUUUAUUGACUUCAAUUGCUAUUGAAAGAUAUAAGAUAGUUGUCAAAAACUUGCCCGUAUUAUUUGCUAAUUCACAAAGGUCGAAUGUCAUAUCUGCCAGUCUGAUAGGAUUAUCCACGAUAUUGUCAAUUCCUGCAGUUAUAUUUUAUGGUCUGAACGAAAAAGAAACAUACAUUUUUGGCCUGACCGGCAAGAAUUGUGAAAUUUUAACAAAGUAUCAGUGUACACUUAAUGUAGGAGUUUAUUACAUUAUAUUAGUAAUCAUAGGUUCAGCUGGCGUUGUCAUGUGCAUCGUUUCAUAUGGAAGAAUACUGUUUAAAAUUUGUAUUCGGAAAGAUUGGAGGGAAUCAUUAGGGAAGAAACCAGAUUCGUCUUCCAAUUUACAUUCGCAGACCACCCAGGUAAUAUCUACUAUUCAAAAUGGGGAGGAAAAAAUAAAUAAAGUGCACAUUGAACUUUCUAACAGUGAAAAGAAAAAGGCUACUCAUUCAACACACAAUCUUGGAAAUACGAUUCGACUAACAAUAAGCCUCAUGAUGGCAACCGCUAUUUCCUAUAUAGGAUAUAUGUUGUAUGUUUUCACAUUAAUGAUCAAAAUGCUAAAUCCUAAAAUGUAUCAAAAUAUUGUCCGACCAGUAUCCAACAUUCUAGUGCGCGGAUAUUUUGUCAACAAUGCAGCCAAUCCUAUCGUAUUUUGUCUUUUUGAUAGAACUUUUCGACAGGAAUGCUUGAAAUUGUAUGGAAAAUUUUUUUUUAAGAAAAAUAUCUCGACAGCAUAACACUGAUUCAACUUUCUUUCAAACACAACUUAAUAAAACGUUUAUAAAUACAUUUCUUUAUGAGAGAGUGGCGAAAAGCGAACAAUAUUUCCAAAAUGGAGGAUGUGCGACUCUCAUUGCUUGAACUUUUAUGUAUGCUUAUUUGUAUUGCAUGUUCAAUAUUCACAUCUUACAGCUACGAAUAAAACAAAAUGUGAGGAAGACAGCGCAAUCAAAUAGUACAAACUGGGUAAAUUCGCCAUCUGAAGGUUAACUCAUGCCUUAAAAGAUUGACAAUCCCAUAUGUUGUUCAUGGGAGUCUGCUGUAACAAAUGGAUGAAGUAUUAUUGUAACAUAUAUAAGUAUAGGGAAAGUGUUUUGAGUUAAUACUUACAUGUAUAUGCCCGUGUCUGAAAAUGUAUUAAAAAAUAUCAAACUCUGAGGUAAACUCAAAAGGGGGAAGUCAAUAAAACAUGACAAAACUA